CUUGCUGGGUUGCGGCCGGACUUGGAUGUGGCGCUGGCGGUAUUGAGGGCGUGGGGAAGGGUGGAGUGAGGGGGCGAGGCCGCGACGAGGGCGGUGAAACUCUCCUCCCCGCGGCCCCAGCGCGUGGGACGGCGUGAACGUGGUGUCGGAGGGAUGUCCGCCUUCUCUGAGGCGGCGCUGGAGAAGAAGCUGUCGGAGUUGAGCAACUCGCAGCAGAGCGUGCAGACCUUGUCUCUGUGGCUCAUCCACCACCGCAAGCACUCGCGGCCCAUCGUCACCGUGUGGGAGCGGGAGCUGCGUAAAGCCAAACCAAACAGGAAACUUACUUUUCUCUACUUAGCCAAUGAUGUCAUUCAGAACAGCAAAAGGAAGGGGCCGGAGUUUACAAAAGAUUUUGCACCAGUUAUAGUGGAGGCUUUUAAGCAUGUUUCAAGUGAAACUGAUGAAAGUUGUAAGAAACACCUUGGAAGAGUUUUAUCUAUUUGGGAAGAAAGGUCUGUUUACGAAAAUGAUGUGUUAGAACAACUUAAACAAGCUCUGUAUGGUGAUAAGAAACCUAGGAAGCGAACUUAUGAACAGAUAAAGGUGGAUGAAAAUGAAAACUGUUCCUCCCUGGGAUCUCCAAGUGAACCACCACAGACUCUAGAUCUUGUUAGAGCAUUACAAGAUCUAGAAAAUGCAGCUUCAGGUGAUGCAGCAGUUCAUCAGAGGAUAGCGUCUUUACCUGUUGAAGUCCAAGAAGUAUCCCUACUAGAUAAAAUAACAGAUAAAGAAUCUGGAGAAAGGCUUUCUAAAAUGGUAGAGGAUGCUUGUAUGUUGCUGGCAGAUUACAAUGGCAGACUGGCUGCAGAAAUAGAUGAUAGGAAGCAACUCACUCGAAUGUUAGCAGAGUUUCUUCGUUGUCAAAAGGAAGCCCUUGCAGAGAAAGAGCAUAAAUUGGAAGUAUUGGACAUGGGCGUAUCUUCUAACGAUGUCAGCACCAUUUGCUAGCAUAUUCUUCCUGCUAAAAAUAAAUAUGAAACUCCAAAGCUUGUAUUGUCUCCUGUUUUUGAAAAUUGAAGAGAAGACUGAACUUUAUUUCUCUACUUUAUACUGCUUUUUCACUUGUGCCAUUGGUCAUUUAUCACUGGAUACAAAUAUAGAAUUUAUGUUUAAAAUAUAAGUGUAAAAAAUAGAUACCACCACCACCCUCACCUCCCUCUUUCCCUAGUGUCUUCCAGCCAGAUUUCAUAGUUGUUGAUGGUCGUAGUUAGUGAGACUGAUGAGAAUAAUAAUGAUGGCAUUUACCAUGUGUCAGGUACUGUUCUAAGCACUUCACAUAUAAUAAGUCACUUAAUCUUAACACCAAUCCUACAUUGCAGGAAGUGUUAUUACCCUAUUUUACAGAUAAGGAAACUGAGGCAUAUGGCGAUUAAAUAACUGGCCCAAGGCAACAAAGAGCUCUAGUGAAUUGUUUAGAACCCAGGGACUCUGCUUCCAGAGUCAGGUCAGUGCACUGCAUCAGAAAAGACAUAUUUGCAGCCAAUAUUUUUACUUAAAGUAAUGUAAGAUUACAGCAAAAGCUAAACCGUUCUCUGUCCAUCCCUUUCUGCCCCCUCCCUCCUUAGAGGUAAUCACUGUCUCAAAGUGAUCUAGGAAUUUUCUUGUUCAGCAUGACUGGAUUUUAUCAUGUUUAAAGAAACAUCUAAUAAUGUUAAAAACAUUUUUCGCAAGUGAAGAAAUAUUUUGAUUUCUACAUAAACUUGAAAGUUCACAGAAGUCUUUGUAAAUUGCCAUUUAGAGCUAAGUGAUUCCUGGUAGAAUGUGUGAAAAUUACUUGAGACAUUUAGACAUUUUUUAUACCAAGUAGGUGGUUUCACUUUGAAGUUUAGGCGGAGAGGUCAGGAUUUAUACUUUCCACAUCAGCCGCGAUACUAUAAAUAGUUUUAAGUUAUCUUUGAACGUCAGCUGUGAUUGAUCGGGUACUGAUGUAUCAUUAGUUACUCUUUUUUUGAAAAUGGGGCAUAAAUUUAAAGCGUCGGUUCAGGAAUUGGAUAUUUCAUACUUCAGGAGGCCACUAUUAAAGCAUUUGCAGUGAAUGAAAACAUGAAGUGUUCUGAAAAAUUUUGGAAAUCAUUAGUCAUGGUUUUUGAAACUAGUGACAAACUUUAGUUGGUUACUGAGGAGAUAACUGCUAAAAUAUAGGCUAUUAAUAAAUUCAGUUUAUAUUCAUAAAAUCAGUUUCACAGAUUGCUAUAGGAAUCGUAUUUCACCGUUCAGAAGUUGAAAGUACUGCAUAAAGUAUUCCCCUGACUUACUGCCUUAGAAGGCAUACAUAGAUAGGGAGAACUGAAAUGGCAUUUGGUUUUCAUAUUUUUGGAGAAAGGGCAAUAUAGAGAUAAAAAUGAUUCCAUAUUCAGUAAGAUAAUCUCCAGUCUUUGGUGCUCAAUUUUGAAUACUUUUUCAUGAUACGUAUGGUAUAAGGAAGCAUGCAUUUUAAACUGUGUUUGUUUUCAUUAUUUUAAAAAUGAGCGUUUGAGAAAUUGUUUUUUGAAAGGUAUACACAUUUUUUAUGAAAUCUCUUAUAGAUAUAUUGACCUAUUUUAAAUUGCUAGCCUCUACAUAGGAAAUUGAAAAUCACAAUUUGCUGACUCCUUAAAGAAGAAAUUAAAUCAAGGCCUCAAAUUCUGUAAGUCAGGGUUGGAAAGCAUGUCAGAGAGGACAAGUCUUUUUCUUUUGCAAUCUUAGGAUAUUUACAUCUGCCUCAUUUAAAAAAUGAUGCACAGUAUAUUCAUAGUAUGAGUGUUGUAUAGUUUAAGUCUAUACCUCUUAAUGGUGUCAGGUUGCUGACAGUUUUAUGCAUUACAGGCAGUGCUACAGAGAACAUCCUGUUGGGGCAGGUUUGCUUAGUUGUGCAAGUAUAUCUGCAGGAUUGAUUCUCAGACUAGCUGGGACAAAGGGAAUGGAUGUUUAAGUUUUGAUAGUGUGCCUCAAGCCCGCCAAACACUUUGUCCCACUGUGUGUCAGUGGUCUUUUCAAUUUUUGUGUAUCCGAUAGGGUACAAAGGUAUUUUUUUCACUCAAAUUGGCCUUCAUUUAAAUAUAUUAACUUUUAUUUGUCCUGCAAAUUCCCUGUUUGUAUCCUUUGGACCGUUUUUCUAUUUGGUUCUAACUUUAUGUAGGAAAAUCUGUCUUUGCCUUUAUAGAUCCUAGGAUUUCUGGAUAUACUUAAGAUGGCCUUCUCAAUUUAUACCUACACGUAUAUUCUGCUAUUUUUCAAAGUUUUUUCCGCAUUAAAUAAUUUUAUCUAUUUGGAAUUUUUGUUUAUGAUACGAAACUGCUUUUUUCAAAGUGAUAGUAAAAUGUCUGCUCAGCAUUUAUUCAUGAUUAAUCAGUGACUCAGUCACUUUACUACUGUCGUGAAAUGCCAUUUCUGUCAUAUUUAAUUCCUGUGUAUACAUAAGAACUUAGUCCCUUUUCUAUUUUAUUGGCCUGUAGUUGCUGUUAGUUGCCAUCGAGUGGGCCCCAACUCAUGGGGACCUUGUGUAUAACAUAAUGAAAUGUCCGGUCCUACACCAUCCCCGCAACCAUUCCUGUUUGAGCCCAUUGCAGCCACCAUGUCAGUCUAUCUCAUGGAAGGUUUCCAUUUUCACUGACCCUCCACUUUACCAAACAUAAUGGCCUUUUCUCAUGAUUGAUCUUUCCUAAUGAUGUAUCCAAAGUAAAUAAGAUGAGUUCUUGCCAUCCUUACUUCUAAGAAGCAUUCUGGCUAUACUUUCUCCAAAAUUGAUUUCUUUGUUCCUCUGGCAGUCCAUAGAAUAGUCAGUAUUCUUCUCCAACACCAAAAUUCAAGCCAGUUCUCCAGUCUUCCUUUUUCAUCAUACAGCUCUCACAUGCAUAUGAAGCUAUUGUAAAGACCAUGGCUUGGGUCAGGUGUGCUUUAGUCUUCAAAGUGACAUCUUUGCUUCUUAACAUUUUAAAGAGGCUUUUUGCAGUAGAUGUGCCUAAUGCAAUGUGUCGUUUGAUUUCUUGACUGCUGCUUCUAUGGGCAUUAAUUGUUUAUCCAAGUAGAAUGAAAUCCUUGACAACCUAAAUUUCUUUGCCACUUAUUGUGAUGUUUAUUGGUCCAGAUGUGAGGAAAUUUUUUUCUUUAUGUUGAGGUACAGUCCAUACUGAAAGCUGUAGUCUUUGAUCUUCAUCAGUGUUUCAAGUCCUCUUCACUUUCAGCAGGCAAGAUUAUAUCUGCGUAUCGUAGGUUGUUAGUCUUCCUCCAAUCCUGAUGCCACAUUUUCCUUGAUAUAGUUCAGCUUCUCUGAUUAUUUGCUCAGUGCACAGAUUGGAUAAGUAAGGUCGUACAAUCCUGCCACGCACCUUUUCUGAUUUUAUACCCUUGUUCUGUUCGAACUGCCUCGAUUUAUGUAUAGGUUCCAUAUGAGCACAAUUAAGUGUUCUGGAAUUCCCAUUAUUUGUAAUGUUAUCUAUAAUUUAUUAUGAUUUACACAGUUGAAUGCCUUUGCAUAGUUGAUAAAACAUAGGUAAACAUCUUUCUGGUAUUCUCUGCGUUCAGCCAAGACCCUUCUGACACCAACAGUGAUACUCUUUGUACCACAUCCUCUUGAAUGACUUCUAGUAUUCAUGUUGAUAAUUUUAGCUAAUUGUGAUUAUUGUGUAUAUUAGCUUUUACAUUCUUUUUCACCCACUUAUCAUUUUGCCUUCAUAUUUAAUAUUUUAAGUAACAUUUUUGUGAAUUAGAAAUUCCCUAAUUAUUUACUUAGCGUUGUCUCUAAGUGAUUCACUUCUUUGGUGACUCCCAAAUAAUCAUCAUCUGUAGGUCUUCUCUCUGAAACUAUUCAUUUUCUCCAGAGAAAACACCUCUAAUUUUCCUGGGAGAUAAUACAGGCAUCUGUGUCCAGAGCAGCACUUUACCUAUUACCUCUGUGCUUCAGGUCCCCAAAUGCACAUAUCCUUUGGCUCAGUUUAUUACCUCCCAUCUUUUGACUCUAUGGGUUAAGGGUUUUAGCAAAUUCAUGUACAUGUUUUGAAUCAGCCUUAUUGUCAACCUUAAGACUCACUGUUAUUUUUCCAGGACUUGGUAGCUCAAAGUCCUGAGUCUUUUUAGAGUUUCUCAGGAUGAAUGUCAUUUUUUUUGUUCACUAUCCCGUUUCAGUGUUUUCUGUCUUCCAAAACUUCCUUGACAUCAGUAUACUGUGGUCUUCUUUCCUAUCUCCUUGUGGGCUUUUGCCUUAUCAUUUUAGUGGCUUUUUCAGAAGGAACAUGACUUCAACCUGCCAUAUAAACUGGAAUUUUUUUUUUUUUUUUUAAGUAGAGCCAUAAUAUGUGUUUUUCACAACUGCUGCCAAACCACCCUUGUCUAAGUGGUUGUCACAUAUUGCCUGUAUUAUUAACAACUGAUCUUCUGCUCCCUCUAUUAACUCUCUACAACAUGGUAGCCAGAAUGAUUUUUUGAAAAGAAAUCAGGUCCCAUCACAGUCCUGCUUAAAACUCCAUGCUUCUGAAUAUUACACUUUUGGAUCUUAUUUUAAACCCCAUACAUGGUCUAUGAGAUUGCUAGUCAUGGGUCUGCAUUUGACACCACCUUGAAGCACGUUCUCACAUCACGGUGUUUGCUGAUCACUUAAGAGUAGCUGGAAUGCUCUUGCUUCCUGAUCUUUACUUGCCUGGUUCUUUUUUCUUUCCAGUUUAUGUUCCUGGGUCACCUCUUCAGAGAUCCCUUCUCUAGCCCUGUCUUUUGGUUCCACCUGCCCUUUAUUCUGAGCCCUCUGUGGUACUUAUCACUCUUUGAAAUUUUAAAACUUUGUUAAUUUGUAAACUUAGUUAUCACCUGUCCCUGGCACUAGAAUUUAAGCUUCGUGAAAGGAAGAGCCUUGUUUUGUUUUUCAUGUUUAUUGCCAUAUUCCUCAAUGCCUAGAGCAGUACUUCUUAUGUGGUAGGUAAUCAGGUGUUUGUUGAAUGAAUAAAUAAUAGUAUAGUAGGCCACUGAAGACAUAAUUUGGAAGAGGCAUAUAAGGCUUGUGAAGAAGCCCAGGGGAUCGGUGGUUAGGCACUCAGCCGCUAACAGAAUGGUCUGUAGUUCCUACCCACCAGGCUCUCCACAGAAGAAAGAUGUGGCAGUCCGCUUCCAUAAAGAUUUACAGCCUUCAGAACCCUAAGGGGCAUUUCUACUAUGUCCUUUAGGUUCACAGUGAGUCAGAAUCUACUCAAUAAUGAGUUUUUAUUUAUUUGGUACAUAAGGUUUGUACAUUUUAAAUUGGUAACUUAUUUUGUAACUAGAAGAAAAAUGAUGCUUUAAUAAAUGAAAAUAAUUAAAAUAUAUUUUAGAGUUUUGAGGAAAAUUACAUCCAGCACAAUAGGUUAACCAAUUUGAGUCGUAUUAGUAUAGUCCAGUACUUAAAAAGACUUAAAUGGACUUUGUAUUCAAGGAGUCUAGUUUCUAGAAUACCUAUAUCUGAGCACUUUGAACAAAAGAGUAAUCAAUUUGUAAAAUUAUUUUAGCAGUUUGCCUUUUUUUCCUCCUUCAGUAGGAGAAUAACAAAUGCAUGACAAAUGAACAGUACUCAGCAGUACAUAAGUACUGAGUUUGUGAAGAGUCACAGUGCUGCCUAGUGGAAGAACUGGAGCUACAAAUGAAGUUAGUUUUAAUAUGGUGUUCUUUCUUUUACAUUACAAUAUGUAAAAGAGUGGAAUUUGAGCCUACUCUGAGGGAUAGGUUAAAUUUGGGUGAGGAGAAAAGGUGUAAACACGUCAGUAACAAGAGAGUAAUAAUGAUAUGAUCUUUGGUUGCACUGGACUGAGCAUAGUAGUUAAUAUGGCUUGGCCAACUGUUCAGAGAGGGAUUGGAUUGGACUAUAAGACAGAAAAUGAUACUAGUGAGGAGUGAGCUUCUUGGCUCAAGUAGACACAUGAGACUAUGUGGGCAGCUCCUGUCUGGAGGCAAGACGAGAAGGGAGGGGGGACAGGAGCUGGCUGAAUGGACACAGGGAAUACAGGGUGGAGAGGAGGAGUGUGCUGUCUCAUUAGGGGGAGAGUAACUAGGAGUACACAGCAAGGUGUGUAUGAGUUUUUGUGUGAGAGACUAACUUGAUUUGUAAACUUUCACUUAAAGCGUAAUGAAAAAGAACAAAAAAAAAAACUGAUCUCUCUAGUGGACAGUAGCAGUAAGACAAGGAAUGGGCAGAUGUAGGGAAGAGUUGCAUCAAGGUAAUUGUUGAUUGGGUCUGAGAGUAGAAGAGUAGGAGAAAUCUAAGAAAUUUUGAAUCUGGACCAUGAGGGGACUGAUUCUGUCAUUGACCAAAACUAAGGGACUGGAUUGAGGACAAAAACGAUGUUUUGUUUUUAGAUAGGUCAAUUCUUGUUUUAAUUUCAAAACCAAUAUGUGCUCAUCAUCAUUUAGAAACCAUUGAUAAGCACACACAGUACCAUAUAGAAUCUCACCACUCCUUAAAUAAACUUUGAUGAGAUUUGGAGGCAUAGAAUCAUACUAUACAUGCUUUCUUUAUACACUCUUAACACGUUUAAUGUAAACAUUUCUGCGUGAUUAUAAAAAUUCCCUUUUCAAUAGUUAAAUCAUGUUCUGUUUUAUGGAGGUAUUAUUUCUUUAACCGACUAUUGUCGAGCAUUUAUGCUACUUCAGUUCCUUGCUAUUGAAAGAUAUUUUUUGAAUCACUUUUUAGCAUCUUUGCUUACAUGUAUGGUAAUUUUCUUAUAAAUUCCUAGAAGAAAUUUACUUAAAAAGGUAUUCCAGUCAACUGCAUCAAAAUAAAGCACAAAAUAUAAAAGUCAUGAAGAGCAACAAAAACAGUGCAAGUCCUUGUGUGCCUGAGAGUUGCUUUCCUUUCUGCUGACCUAUAGCCAACAGCUUGAUUGAAUAUAAAAUUCUGGGGCACUUUUCUUUUUCUCUUUGGGCCUACUUUUUUUUUUCUUUUCAGUUAACUUUCACAUUAAAAACUUCGACUAGCACAUACCGCUCUUUUCAUAAAUGUUGCUUAGUAUUCAAUGUGUGCCCUUUACUGGGAAAACCUAAAUUGUCUUUUAUUAUUACUUCUCAAUUUUUUGAGGUUUUAAGCUUUCUUGUAAAUUUCUGUUCUGUGUAUAUUGAAUCUUCUGAAUCUUUGCUCUCUGUUGCUUGUUUUAUCAUUUUUUCCUCACUUCUAUCCUUUUUUUCUUUAUUAUCUCCCACAGUUUUUUCAUUGUUGCUGUCGUUUUCGUUAUACUACUCUUCCUUGCAGUAUGAGAUCUAGGCUUGUCUAAUGUUGGUUGUCAGGUUUUUAUGGGUCUCUGUUGAAAAAGGAAGGCACCCUGGUGGUGCAGUGUUUAAAGCACUCAGCUGCUAACUGAAAGGUUGGCGGUGUAAAACGACCAGCCUCAGGAGAAAGAUGCGGCAGUCUGCUUCUGUAAAGAUUACAGCCUUGGGAGCCAUGUGGGGCAGUUCUACUCUAUCCAGUAGAGUCCCUAUGAGUCGGAAUUGGCUUGAUGAAACUGCAAAGGGUUUUCGUUGAAAAGGGAUUUAUUAUAGGUUUUACUUGGCCAGUUCACAGAUGCUACAACUGAAGGCAAGUCUAGGGGGAACCAGAGUCAGAGGAGAUGUUAGUGUAAGAGUUUUCUCAGUUUGCAGAGUCAGCCCAGGCCAGACUGGAACUUUGCAUCUAUUUUUGCCAGCACACCAGCCACACCAUCUAGCACCACUUCUGUUAUUGUGGUCCCGGGAUCUUCCUGAGUCUCUGGGAGCCACAGUGAGCACAGGUUCCCCUGUUAAAAUGACUCAAGCGGAGUCAGCAGUAUGAAUAUCAGUAACUGUAAAAUAUUCAUGCCUCCGAAGCUUGUCAGGGUCUGCAGGAGUGUUUAGACUGACUUAAUGUGAUUGUAAAAUAGUACUUAUUAAACUGCUGUAUACUUUUUAUAAACUUUAAUAUAUUUUUCUCUUGUUGGCCUCAUAUUUUUGAUUGGUACCAACAGGUCUGCUUAAAGCAGUUUCUGUUCCCCUCUUUUUAUUCUUCCUAAUCUGUGGGUUUAGGAAUUAUGGAAGUAAAUAUUUGAAAGUGUAAAUAAAUUCCAGUAAAAUAUAUAAUCUUUAAAUUUUUUAAUUAAUCUUGGAGUUGCUUAUCAGAUUCUUAUAUAAUUAGUUUUUAAAAUACAUGUAUCUUUAUUAAUCUUGUUUCUUCCCAUAGAAUUUUUUUUUAACUUUUGUUUUAGCACAUGCUAGCUCUCUCUUUCCAAAUUAUAGGUAAAAAUAUUUUCAUGUGUUGAAGAAGUAAGGCUAGAAGCAGAGGCCUACAGUUAGAAAUCUUUUCAGUUGAUUUUGGGCUUAGAUUUAUUAAAUUUGUUAAUCAGUGAAUACUUAGGUCUAUCAGUGAACACUUAUGGUGAAUAGUGGGUGUUCUGGAACUAGAUUGCUGGAGUUUGAGUUCUGCCUCCACCACUUACUAGCUCAGUGACAUUGGGCAAAAUAUUUGGCCUCUUUUUACCUCAGUUUCUUUGUAAAAUAGGGAUAAUAAUUGUUUCUACUUCAUAUGGGUGUCAUGAGGUUUACAUGACUGUGCCCAGCACAUCAUAAGUUCUUCAAAUUUCAGUCUAAAAGAAAGAACUUGAAGAUUUUCUAGCUAGCAUGUAUCUGUCAUUUAGCCAGGAAAUUUAAGUCUUGUUUAUGGGAUUACUCUUAAAGAGUGUCAGAUGUCUGCAAUACUCUUAUGCUCUAUAGUGCAGUGGUUUUCUCAAAAAGUAUGUAUUUUACUAGUACAUUCCUAGUGUCUCACUGAUUCCAACUAGAUUCCUAAGUACUUUUAAAUCAUCUGUUCAGUCAUUUUUUUAAGGUCCUGGCUAAUCUGCAUCAAGCCUGCCUGUUGCUUCUGGAAUUUACCUCUUUUCAAAAUUUGGUACAGUGUCUUUGCUGCUGUUCACCCUUCUGGUAUUUUUAGUGUUUUCUUGAAAUUUGUCUCAGGGAUCAAGCUGUUCUAACUUGUUUUCUGCUUCCCCCCCCCCCUAGUAUUUGGAGUGUAAGUGAUUAGAUUAAGAGACUUGGAUUCAGUGUGGUAGUUAUUUCCUCAUGUAAAUUAGAUUUUCACUUUUCUAUAGGGGAAAAAAAAGCCAAAUAGGUGCUUAGACAGUCUACCCUUGACUUCUGUCUUAAUACGGUAAACCGAAUUGCAGUCCUUCUCUUCUCCUAGAACUUAGAGAAAAGAUAAUGUAUAUUAGAAUAUAAUAAAUAUAUAAAGCCUAGUAUAUUCUGUCUUUAUCAUAUAUAAUAAUAUAAUAAAGAUAUGUAUAUAGUGUUAAAUAACUAUUAUAUAAAUAUAUAACAGGUAUAAUAUAAAGAUACAAUAAGAGAGAUAAAAUGGAGAGAAGGGUGACAUGCGGAGUGAGAAAUUAAAUGGAGAGAAGGAGAAAUGGAAGAUUUGAGAGGGGUGAAAUGUGGAGAGGUAAAGAGAUGCACUGUUCAGUACGUGACCACUAGCCAUGUGUGCUGUUUGAAUUAAAUUUUUAAAGUUUAGUUUGUCAACAUUUGCCACAUUUCAAGUGCUCAGUAGCCACAGGUGACUGUUGGAUUCUCUGCUAGACAGUGCAGAUGUAGAAAAUUUGUUGUUGCAGAGAGCUCUAUUCCUAAAGAUUGAUAAAAAAUUGCUAAAAAAAUAGGGAAGUACAGAUAAAAUGAAGAGAGAUAUAUAGGAAAUGAUUAUUUUUUAAAUACAUGCUAUUUAUAAUAGUGCUGCUCUAAUAAGAGAAGGAAAGUUGUGGCUGCCCCAGAAAUGGCAGUCUUCUAGAAGAUGGAAUACUGACAGGAUUGAAUUGAAGAAAGAAACCACAGUUUCCAGUGUAUUGUUUGUAAAGGCGGGGGCAUUUACAUGAAUGUUCAUGCCCAGAGGUGGGAUACCUGAAGCAGGAGACUGAACAGCAAACACAGUGAUUUAAUUGAGGGUACUGCUGUGGAAACAACCAGGUGGGUUAACCUCUGUGCGUCCCCCCUUCUUAGGUCAGGUAGCAAUGGUGAGAAGUCUGUUCUUAUUUGGGACCUUGAAGCAGAGAAAAAGGAAGUCCACCUUACAGUCCAAGCACUUUGUACAUAGUCCGCCAUUACAUGAAGAUGAUUGCAUUGUCGGGACCACCAGGCAUUUGUGGGAAGACAGUAAGAUGGCAAAGGGAAGAACUUUCCCCUAGGAAAUAAUAGAAAACCAGCACAGUAAUGUAAAGUAACUAUUGAAGAUGCCUAAACACCCAGAGAUUUUCCACUUGUAAGUGUCCAUCAGAAAACGGUGUCCUCUGUUAUAUUUUAAGAAACCACUUUUUAAUUCUGAUGAGCAUAGGAAAGUUUGGGAAUUCUAGGCAAGCAAACAAUAUAAGCAAAGGCAUCAAAGCCAUAAUGACUGUGCAUGGGAGAGCAGAUGAGAGUGGGAGCAAUGGAUAAGUUAGAUUCUUUGUGUGAUUUUGGAAAACAAAUUGGCACUGGUAUAGUUUAAACUUAAUGUAGUGAGACAGUGAUCCACUUCUACACAAAAUGCAUUCCUAAAAAUGUGUGUAAAAAUAUACAAAGAUUUCAGCAACAAGAUGACAUACUAUGAGGGAUAGUUUUUAUUCCCUGAGUGUUUUUAAUUGCAAAAUUCGUUAAUUACUGAUGCUUGUAAAGCCCCUGAGUAUUAUUCAAGAUAUAAAAUUAGUAAGAUCAUAGAUUAAGUAUUAAACAGAGGCAAAAUAAUUUCUCAGCUAAGUAACAGUAGUUAGGAAGAACUGAUCUUGAAGCUGGGAAGAAGGGUUAAGUUUUUAGGGAAUUGAGCUGGAGGUUAUGAUGUCAAUCUUGGUGACGAUCUCAUCAACUUCAAUCUGUAAAGCAAAAGAUGUGUAAAAGUUCCCAUCUCUUGCCUUUUCAUGAAUGUAAAAGAAACAAUAUCCUCUUUGAAUCCACAAAAUUCCUUUGCAUUUGAAUCAUUGCAGUAUUUUGAUGCUGAGUCUCAGCAUCAAAUUCAGAAUUAUAAAGAAUCUUUUCGCAUUUUUCUUCACUAUGGAGCACACAACCAGCUGAAGUCCAGCAAGCAUCUCAGUGGGCCUAAGUAUUUGCUACCCUCAGAGUGUCUGAUUUCUGUCCUUGGUAGUUAUCACAAGGGUUAGCACCUACAUAACUGCACAGACACUGCUGUACAAAACUGGAAUUCUGAGUGUAGCUCCAUUGUGCUUUAGCUUUGACCUGUUUGGUAGCUAAUGCAUGAAAGCCUGUAUUUGGUGUCGAAAAAGCUGCUUAGGGUUAUCAGUGUAUAGUGUGUCAAAGUGAACUUUGUGUGAAAGUUGGAGGUGCCUUGUAGAUAAUGCAAACCUGAAAAUUUCACAGGACAGUUGUAAAUGAUUAAUGUAUUGAUUUUCCUUUGACAACACGGAAUGAGGCAAGAGAAAAAAAACUAGGAGGAAAGAAAUGAAAAAGACGAAGAAAGGAGAGAAGGAAAAUUGGGAGGAGGAAAAAAGAUAGAGGAACAAAUGGUACAGCUUUCUCCAUCCCUGCUGGCAUGGAGCGCUGUGUCUCCAUUCAGUAGCUGAUAAUACAUCUGUCAGAUGACCCUGUAUGAGGCAGUUACUAUGAUGAGGUAUGUGCAUUUUAUGAAUGAGAACACUGAGGCAGAUAGGUAUUAAGCAGUAUCUUCAAAGGAAAUCUGAAAAAUAAAAUACCACUUAAACAGCCUCUGAUAUUAUUUUCAUGCAUUUCUGUUAGCCUUAAAAAAAUCAUAGAUUAAAAAUAUUGUAAACAUAGUUGUAAAAAAUGAAGAGGAGGAAAAAAAAAAAACCCCAAAACAGCAGUUGUACCAUGCCAGAUGUACACAUUUACAUCCUAUUUAGAUCUCUAGGUCAAUUUUUAGUGAGUGUGGAGUAAAAUAAGGAGCUCGGAAUUAGGAGUUAGUCUUCUAGAAUUUACUGAGUGAAAUGAACAAAUUAUAUCAAAAUCUUUCCUCAUCUGCAAAAUGUAGGUAUCAACCUCAUGACCAAGUGCUUUUGACUCCCUACUUAUCUCAUGACUGUAGCUGAGAACUUCUGAGUAGUUUAAUUCAACUUAUAAAAACAAUACAUGGAGUUUAAAUUUUUCUGUCCUUGCCUUUUUCCCCCCUCAGAUAAUACAUACUUAUUGUAAAAAAUAUGGAAAAUACUGAAAAACCACCCAUAUUUACACCAACCUUUGAAGACAACCAUUAGGCAGAUUUUGAUGUAUUUUGUUACCCCCUUGUGUUGUGUUUUAUAUAGGUGCAUAUGUGCAAUUUUGUCUCUUAAAAAAUGUGAAAGUGAUUUUUUUUCCUCAACAUUAUAGCUAGCCGGAAACCCUGGUGGCGUAGUGAUUAAGAGCUACGGCUGCUAACCAAAAGGUCAGCAGUUCGAAUCCACCAGGUGCUUCUUGGAAACUAUGGGGCAGUUCUACUCUGUCCUAUAGGGUCGCUAUGAGUCAGAAUCCACUCAAAAGCAACGGGUUUGGUUUUUGGUUUUAUAGCUAGCCAGGUUUUAUUGUACAUUUUGU